GCAUGAGGGAGUUUGUGCGGCCCAUCAAAUGUCUCGCACCCUGGCUCAAAGGAUAAUAUUGCUUGGCUACUACUGGCCGACCAUUGUGGGGGAUUGUGAGCGGUAUGUCCAGAGAUGUAGGACGUGCCAGUUUCGUAACCCCCGGUUCACUGAGUACUUGGCUAGUUUUGGAAUCAAGCACAGCAAGGCCUCAGUAGCUUAUCCACAGGGAAAUGGCCAAGUUGAAAAUGCUAACCGGACGAUAGUGGACGGCCUAAAAAAGAGGUUGGGAGAGGAAGGCCAUAAAUGGUUGGAAGCUUUGCCUCACACGGUCUGGGCGCAUAGGGUGACUUCAAGAAGGGCAACCGGAGAAACUCCAUUUGUGCUCACUUACGGAUGUGAAGCCCGGUUGCCAGUUGAAGCGGAAAUUCCAACAUUUAGAGAAACCGUGUAUCAGCCCGGCCAGAACGAUGUCGAUCACCUAGCUGAGUUGAAUCUGGUGGAAGAACGAAGGACCAUAGCAGCUGUUAAGAUGGCCGGUUAUCAGCAGUCGGUAAAGCGGUAUCAUGACAACCGGGUAGGACCGCGAUACUUCCAGGUGCACGAUGAAGUCUUGCGCAGGAGGGAUGCUAGUAAGCCUAAUAAGAGGGGCAAGCUGGCGCGUAACUGGGAAGGGCCCUAUCGCGUAAAAGCAAUUGUCAGACCGGGCACUUACCAGUUGGAGACUAUGGAGGGUGGCCGGGUCGAGCGACACUGGAACUCUCAUCACUUACGUAAAUUUUAUAGAUAAAGUGUAACUGGUUCCUGACCAUUAAUAAAAGUUCGCUCUUUUCGGAAAGAUUGUCCUCAUAUAUUAACCGGUAAUUCGUCGCGUACCAAUCUACCCGGUUAGACGUCCAAUCGAAUUGGACAUCUCAAAAAAAAAAGAAAAGAAGACCGGUCUGACCGAUUUAACACCUCAUCCGUACAGACACGGGAGUUAAAAACGAUUUGGCUUUACUAGUGG